GAUAAGCUUCUUCAUCAAUCGAUUCUCAUUAACUCUUUGUUUCUUCUGCUUCCUUAAAGAAAAGAAAAAUGAAAUUUUUGCUUUACCUUGUUACGUUCUUUGUUCUCUUAAACGGUUUCGCAACCGCUCAAACUCUGAUUCGAAAUUCUUGCAAAAAAGCUGCAGCUACAAACCCGAAGUUCAAAUACAAUCUAUGCGUCACGUCUCUCGAAACAAAUCCGCAGAGCAAAGCCGCAAAAGAUCUCGCCGGAUUAGUCAUGGCAUCGACGAAAAACGCCGUGACUAAAGCGACUAGCUUGAAAGGAACCGUUGACAAGAUUCUCAAAGGGAAGAAAUUUAACAAGAUGACUGAGAUGCCGUUACGUGAUUGCCUCCAGCUUUAUACCGAUGCUAUUGGUUCUUUAAACGAAGCUUCAGCGGGCGUUAAAUCGCGUAAUUACCCAACCGUUAAAACGGUUCUGAGUGCUGCAAUGGAUGCACCAAGUACUUGUGAAACUGGAUUCAAAGAAAGAAAAGCGCCAUCUCCCGUUACGAAAGAGAACGAUAAUUUGUAUCAGAUGAUUCUGAUUCCUUUAGCUUUUACAAAUAUGUUGAAAUGAAAUUACUAAAAAGUGUAUUAACACAUUGGAUUAAAGAUAAUAAUACUGAUAAUGUACCUUAGAGUAAUUGGCUUGCUCACUAGAAGCAAUGGUCGUAGCCUUUUCAAAGUUUUGAAUAAAGAUCACAGAAACUUUAGAUACA